CUGUGCCAAGGGUGCCGAGGAGAGCCUAGCUCCUCGACACGUGGACUCAGGCGAAGAGGCGAUGACAGAGCACGUGCGCUGCACCAGUGAUGCGGGACGGACAGAUGAGCGCGCGGCGGCUUCACUCCUGGCUGAAGUAGGAUCGGACUCGCCUGUCGGGGCCGCGCACGAGGCGGCAGAUUCCUCCCGAUGUGACAGUGACACGGUGCCUGGGGUCGCCGAGGACUCGUCGCGCCAGAAGAGGCGCCGAUCCGACCACGGCUGCACCAAACCCCGGCGCGCCAGGACCGCGUUCACCUACGAACAGCUGGUGGCGCUGGAGAACAAGUUCCGUGCCACACGCUACCUGUCCGUGUGCGAGCGACUCAACCUCGCCCUGUCCCUCAGUCUCACCGAGACCCAGGUGAAGAUCUGGUUCCAGAACAGAAGAACUAAAUGGAAAAAGCAGAAUCCGGGCGCCGACGGUGCGGUGCAAGCUGGAACAAACGCGAGUCCGGGGCCCGGGGCAGCGAGCGCGGUAAAUUACCAAACUUAUCCCCCGUUCGGGGCUGGAAAUGUGGUGUUCCACACAACCAGUACGGUUCCCUUGCCUUCCACCAGGGGGCUCCUGAAUCCCUUCGUGCACAAUGGCUACAUCCAGCCAGCAUUUUACGCCACACAUUUAUAA